AUGGUCGAGGGGCAGUUUAUUGCUUUUGCUUCUUUAUUCUUCAUUCUGGUUUCAAUCACGACCUUUUGCCUGGAGACCCAUGAAGCUUUCAAUAUUGUCAAAAACAAGACAGAACCGGUCAUCAAUGGUACAAGUGUCGUUCUACAAUAUGAAAUCGAAACGGAUCCUGCCUUGACGUACGUAGAAGGAGUGUGUGUGGUGUGGUUUACUUUUGAAUUUUUAGUCCGUAUUGUUUUUUCCCCCAAUAAACUUGAAUUCGUCAAAAAUCUCUUGAAUAUCAUUGACUUCGUGGCCAUCCUGCCCUUCUACUUAGAGGUGGGACUCAGUGGGCUCUCCUCCAAAGCUGCUAAAGAUGUACUUGGCUUCCUCAGGGUGGUAAGAUUUGUGAGGAUCCUGAGAAUCUUCAAGCUCACUCGCCAUUUUGUAGGUCUGAGGGUGCUUGGACAUACCCUUCGAGCUAGUACUAAUGAAUUUUUGCUGCUGAUAAUCUUCCUGGCUCUGGGAGUUUUGAUAUUUGCUACUAUGAUCUACUAUGCCGAAAGAGUAGGCGCUCAACCUAACGACCCUUCAGCUAGUGAGCACACGCAGUUCAAAAACAUUCCUAUUGGGUUCUGGUGGGCUGUGGUGACCAUGACUACAUUGGGCUAUGGGGAUAUGUACCCCCAAACUUGGUCAGGGAUGCUGGUAGGAGCCCUGUGUGCUCUGGCUGGAGUGCUGACAAUAGCCAUGCCGGUGCCUGUCAUUGUCAACAACUUUGGAAUGUACUACUCCUUGGCAAUGGCGAAGCAGAAACUUCCACGAAAAAGAAAGAAGCACAUCCCUCCUGCCCCUCAGGCAAGCUCACCUACUUUUUGCAAGACCGAAUUAAAUAUGGCCUGCAAUAGCACACAGAGUGACACAUGUCUGGGCAAAGACAAUCGACUUCUGGAACAUAACAGAUCAGUGCUAUCAGGUGAUGACAGUUCGGGACGUCAGUCGCCAUUAUCACCCCCAGAAAGGCUCCCCAUCAGACGCUCUAGUACCAGAGACAAAAACAGAAGAGGGGAAACAUGUUUCCUACUGACAACAGGGGAUUACACGUGCGCCUCUGAUGGAGGGAUGAGGAAAGAUAACUACAAAGAGGUUGUCAUUACUGGUUACACGCAAGCCGAGGCCAGAUCCCUGACUUAAUGGCUUGGGGAAGGCACAAAACAUGAGCGACAGGUAACUGCCAGCCAGGCUUGCAUUGUUUAAACAAGAAUUGCUGCUUGAUCCGAGAGUCAUUUUUAUUUCAAAUCCCACGAUUUGUUAUUAUUUUCAGAGGCAGAGUGCCAAAUAUUUCCCAAAGCUCUCAUGCCUUUUUUUUACCUCCUUCCUUUAUUUUUAUUUAUUAAUUUAUGUGCAAACAUCAAAGAGCAUUGUUGUUCACAGGAGGCUUUCUUGACCAGCCUUAAGUUUCUGACUCACAAGAAUAAUGAGAUUUUCAGUCAAUGUUUAAUCAGGUGCUUUGUCCUGAUUGUUGUUCUGUCUGUCCGUCUUAGCUCCCUGUCUUAACUGUAUAUGCCAUCUGUCUCCAUAAAGCACAAAAAUGCCUUGAUAAGGUGUUCAUGAUUUUAGUAUUGGGUCUUCUCCCCUGCCCCUUGCCUUUUUUGCUACUUGAAACAGCUUCCCUGCUUCGUGUAUAAAUUAAGGAUGCCCGGUAGGCUGAGUUAAUCAGUACUAUGAACCUCUUGAUAAACAGAAUUUAGCCAGCAGCAAUGUCACCAUUGCUUUUGGUUGCCUGCUGCAGUGUCAAUUUCUGCUCCCUACCAACCAGCAUUCAUCUCUACACUCCAAUGAAACCCCUAGGGAGUCUUAUUCAGUCCAAGUGAAGGAAAUUCUGUUUCCACAUCCCCAUGAAUGCAAUAGCAAUAGUGUAUCUGGUGUAUUGGGUAUGUGAGGGAAGAAAAAUGCCAUCAUAUAUAUUGAGGGAUAAACGAUAUUUCUAAGGCAUUCGGGAUCAUUGAGAUUGUUGAUUAACUUCUAAUUCUUAUGUUUAUUUUUUGUUAGGAGGACAAUUAUCACUUUUAUUCUUGGCCACGUAACUUGUAUUACUCUAUAUCCCCAAGUCCUAGAGCAUGACCUGCAUGUCAGAAAUCUUGUACAGCAAUGUAUUUACCCAGACGUACACAUGUGAUAUUUAGAGAUUCAGUGAUCCUCUUGAUAACACCACACAUAGAAAGCUAUAAUUGCACACCACUUUAUGGUAAAGGAAUUAAUAUACUGUCUGGUGCUGCUGUUAUUGACUGCAGUGUUGUACAGAAUUUAUCAUGGAUUUUUGACUGCUGAAAAAGGGACAGUGGAAUUUAGCCAUACCAAGGACUGUACUGGAAACAGACUUCUGCUGCUGAAUGUGCCCUGAUGUGACCAGGUUGCACUUGGAAGAUGUCCCCAGGUCUUCAUGAAGCAUUUAAAGCUCAUAAAAGAACUGUGGCUGGAACUCAUUUGGUGCUCCCCAUAUGAGUGGUCUGCUUGUGGACUGGCCAGUGUCAGUGAAACAACUGUAAAUACCAACAUGUGUGCAUGGGUCAGUGGUUUUGGCCAACUCACAUCAAAGGAAGCCAAAUUCAUGAUCCACAUCUCUGAAGCUUCAAGUAUGGCCCAUAACUCUGUGAAUUACCCCUCAUGGGCCCGCAGUAGAUUGUGCUGUGAAUCAUCCAAGGCAGUGAUUUUGGUGUAGUAUUGGUCUGUCUUAAUUUCCCUUAUUUCUUCUUUGUUGGUUGGAUCCAUGAACAUUGACUGUAUCAUUUUCUUAUAAACCACUUAUGCUAUCAGCCUGUCAUAUUAUGUUGUGAAAUUUUCAGUGCCUAUUUAUCAAAACUAACUUAUUUUUAGUCACAUAUUUUUUAGUUCUGGAAAAUCUCUAUGACAAAAACACACGACAUUAUUCAUAGUUUGUCUUUUGUCAUUGUUACCUCAAUUAUAAAUAUUAUAGAAAAAAUUCUGGCAAUGAGAGUAUUUUUUUACUAAAUGAUCAAGGAGCAAUGUUAGUAUAUAGAAGAAUAUUAAUCAAAUUAUAUCCUCAAAUGUAUAUUUUGCAUAAAAGAGAUAUUCUUCAAUCAAUUACUUUUUUGUGAGUUUUGUGGUAAAUGAAGCUUGUACUUGUCUUUAAAACUGUUGUAGUUGAAACUGUAUAAAUAUUCCUCAUCUUGCUUAAUCAGUAUUUCUGAAAUCUACUAGUUCCCCUGGGAUUCUGAAUAUAACAUAUAACAUACUUAUGAACCCCUGUGUCGUGGACCUCUUGUGAGCAUUUCGAGUGCAUGCACAACCUUGGUGAUAACCACGAAAAUGUAACUAACUGAAAUGCAGAAUAAAAGGCAAAUAAGCUGGGGAUCAGCUGGAAUCCUAUCUGAUUAAAUUAUUCAUAUUCUUUUCUGA